AUGUCUCGUGCAAUAGCGUCCACCAACGUGGUUCUCGGCGAUCAAAUUUUACCAGCCACGAUCAUAUUCUCGCUCCAAAGCGGUAAGAUCCUGAAGAUCGUUGAAAAAGUCCUCACCGUCAAAGACUCCUCUGUUCUUGCACAAUAUGGCGUUGAUUUCUCAGAUUUUCGCGACCUUUCGCCGCACGUGAUUCUUCCAGGACUGGUAGAUGCCCAUGUUCACCUCAACGAGCCUGGCAGAACCGAGUGGGAGGGAUUUGCAACCGGCACCCAAUCGGCUGCCUCUGGCGGAGUCACCACCGUCAUCGACAUGCCCUUGAAUGCAAUCCCACCGACCACCACUAUCUCCAACUUCAACCUCAAGAUAGAGGCAGCUCGGGGCCAGACAUGGGUGGAUACCGGUUUUUGGGGAGGACUAGUGCCAGACAAUCUCGAUCACUUGGUUCCUCUGAUAGCAGCAGGUGUCCGUGGAUUCAAGGGUUUUUUGAUCGACUCAGGUGUCGACGAAUUUCCAGCAAUCGACCCUGCUUAUGUGGAUAGAGCCCUUCAGGCGGUUAAGGGAAAUCCGACAAUGCUGAUGUUCCAUGCAGAGAUGCAGCCGCAGACGUCUGGGUCAUCCUGCUGCAGCUCCAGUGGUGAUAACUCUGGCGAAACCACAGACUCAUCGAUAACAGAGGUUGCAGACGAAAUAGACGACCUUGAUUUGGGUAUGUCAUCUUCUUUUGUAUCAAGAGCUCCUCUGCCGGUCAAAUCGAUGCUGCAGAACGCUUCGAGGAAACAUGAAGAUCACCAGGAUUGUACACUGCCUCACAAGCACGCUGCCAGCAUGGACCACAAUGUCUUAUCGGACAAGCAGGCACAAGCAUUGGCAUUGUCGCCGUUGCUAUCGGCUGUUGAACCCAAAACAGGGCUUUUCGCGCAGUUGGCCAAGUCUCCAGAGCUCAGAGCAGUUGGUGAUGAAAACUCCCGGGGAAUGGCUUCUCCAAUCCUAUCAGCUGCUGAAUAUGACUCUACACUUCAAUCUGUUGAUCCCACUGCUUAUGCUUCUUUCCUGGCUUCCAGACCGGACUCGUUUGAAACCACAGCAAUUGCAGAGAUUAUCAAUUGCGCCGCGAAAGAACCUUCUGUUCCAAUGCACAUCGUGCAUCUUGCUACCCAUGAAGCAGUUCCUUUGCUGAGAGCUGCUCAGCAGAAGGGACUCAAGAUCACCACCGAGACCUGUUUUCAUUAUCUUUCUCUCCAGGCCGAGACCAUUGGAAAUUGUCAAACCCAGUUCAAAUGCUGUCCACCCAUCCGCACAGAGUCUAACAGAAAAUUGCUCUGGAAGGCUCUCAAGGAAGGAGUGAUCUCUUCAGUGGUGUCGGACCAUUCUCCAUGUACUCCCGAGCUCAAGGGCUUCGAUAGAGGUGACUUCUUUGCUGCCUGGGGUGGAAUUUCGUCAGUUGGACUCGGCCUCCCAAUUCUGUGGACGGAAGGAUCCAAGCUAUCACCGCCUGUUUCUCUGACAGAUAUUGCCAAAUGGACUUCUUGGAACACUGCAAAACAGGUUGGUCUCCAGCACAGAAAGGGAAAGAUUGCUGUGGGAAUGGACGCAGAUUUCGCGAUUUUCAACCCAGAGGCCGCUUUCACUGUUGCCAAUGCCAGGACCUUUUUCAAGAACAAGCUUACUGCCUACGAUAGCAAGGACCUAAAGGGCAGAGUUGUUGAGACGAUUGUUCGUGGAAACUCGGUCUAUGCCCUUGGAAAGGGUCUUAGUGAUGUUCCAAUGGGUGCUCUUUUGCUCGAGCCCAGAUUUCAAUGA